UGGACAUGCGAUGCUUUGCCAAUGCCAAUGCUUGAAAUUAAGCAGUAACCAGACCUAUUUUUGAUCGAUCUUGUCGACUGCCUCCCCUUACAAUUAGUCCUAGGCAUUGCUGGGCAUUGCUGAGUUUUGGAAGGAAUCCGGCUGACGGGGAAAAGUUUUGCGUAAUAUCGACGCGAAGAAGGGUAAACGAGCCAAAAUGUUGAGGCUCCCGGUGAUAAGACUGUCGACAGGAUUACAAAAUGGUAGACCUUUUGCUGUGGGACUGCAUACAUCGUCCAAACUACAACAGGAAUUGGUAGAAGUAUUCAUAGAUGACAAACCUGUCCAAGUUCCACCAGGAACAACUGUUUUGCAGGCAGCCGCAAAGGUCGGAGUGGAGAUACCCAGAUUUUGUUAUCACGAACGUUUAGCUGUCGCAGGAAAUUGUAGAAUGUGUCUGGUGGAGAUUGAAAAACAAGUUAAGCCCGUCGCAGCAUGCGCUAUGCCCGUAAUGAAAGGCUGGAGGGUGAAGACCAACUCCGAUUUAACUCGUAAAGCUCGAGAAGGUGUCAUGGAGUUCUUAUUGGUAAAUCAUCCUUUGGAUUGUCCGAUCUGCGAUCAAGGUGGCGAGUGCGAUUUACAAGAUCAAAGUAUGGCGUUUGGCAACGAUCGGAGUAGAUUUGUCGAUAUUAAUUAUAGCGGUAAAAGAGCAGUAGAAGACAAGGAUAUCGGACCUUUGGUAAAAACAGUUAUGACACGUUGUAUUCAUUGUACAAGGUGUAUUCGUUUUGCGUCCGAAGUAGCUGGUAUCGAUGAUUUGGGGACUACAGGUCGUGGAAACGAUAUGCAAGUAGGAACUUACGUAGAGAAGAUGUUCCUCUCUGAAUUAUCGGGUAACAUCAUCGACCUGUGUCCUGUGGGAGCAUUAACCAGUAAACCGUAUGCUUUUGUUGCUCGUCCAUGGGAAACACGUCGCACAGAUAGCAUUGACAUCCUCGACGCUGUUGGUAGUAAUAUAGUUCUAUCGCAUAGAACAGGUGAAGUUUUGAGAGUUUUACCAAGGGUGAACGAAGAAAUAAACGAAGAGUGGCUAUCGGAUAAAGCGCGUUUCUCUUAUGACGGACUUAAGCGUCAAAGGCUCAUAACUCCCAUGAUAAAAAUCAAUGGAAAGUUGGAAGCUGUUGAAUGGGAAGAUGCUCUUGUAACAGUUGCCAAAGCUGUACAGGGUGUAGCCGCGAAUAAGUGUGCAGCGCUUGCUGGAAAACUGGCCGACACUGAAUCCCUUGUAGCAUUGAAGGACUUGGUAAACAAACUUGGCAGUGAAUGUCUCGCGACAGAACAAAACUUUCCAAAAAGUGGCGCAGGUAUCGAUUUGAGAAGUAAUUAUUUAUUGAAUAACACAAUUGCUGCAGUCGAGGAAGCUGAUGUCGUAUUAUUGAUCGGUACAAAUCCAAGAUACGAAGCACCGUUGGUAAAUACUCGUUUAAGGAAAGGGUACAUUCACGGUGAACAGACUAUCGCUCUAAUCGGAACAGACGUAGAUUUAACGUAUGAUCACGAGCAUUUAGGCGAGUCUCCGGAUAUUAUAACACAAUUAAGGAAUGGAUCUCAUCCAUUUGCGAGUACUUUAAAAGCUGCUAAAAAACCUCUGAUCAUUUUGGGCGUUGAACAGUUGAGCAGAAAGGAUGGAGCAAAAAUUAUGUCUGAAACACAAUUGUUGGCAGAGAGCCUGGGAGAAAACUCGAAGUCUUCCGAAGGAUGGAAAGUACUGAAUGUUUUGCAUACGAAUGCGUCGCAAGUGGCUGCUUUAGACGUUGGUUAUUCUUCGACGGUCGAGGACGUGAAGCAGCUGCAACCAAAAGUUCUGUUUCUAUUGGGAGCCGAUGAUGCAAAUAUAAAGAAAGAAGAUUUUUCGAAUACUUUUAUCGUAUACAUAGGUAGCCACGGCGACGAAGGAGCCGCGAUUGCAGACGUUGUACUUCCUGGUGCUGCAUACACUGAAAAAGUGGCAACGUACGUAAAUACCGAAGGUCGUGCUCAACAAACUUGUGCUGCGAUUACACCCCCAGGUUUGGCACGACCCGAUUGGAAAAUUAUUCGGGCUGUUUCCGAGAUGUGCGGAGUUUGUUUACCUUAUGACAACUUGGCGGAAGUAAGGAUGAGACUCGAAGAAAUUGCACCGCAUUUAGUUAGAUACGGUAAUGUGGAACCGGCUAAUUAUUUCGCUCAGUCGUUAGAAUUAUCGAAGGAGUCUAACGUAUCCUUAGCGUCCAAUCCAUUAGACGUUAAACAAAAAACGUUGGAUAAUUUUUUCAUGACGGAUGCGAUAUCCCGCGCUUCGCCUACUAUGGCCAAGUGUGUGCAAGCAGUCAUCAGGCAACGAGAAAGUACCAUGUAAACAACUAAUCAGAAAAUGUAAAUAGGACUUUGUAUUAUGAUAGAUACAUAAUAGUACAUGAGAAACUAUUCCAAGUAUGGUACUUUUAUUUUAUUACGCAUAAAAAAAUGAAAGUACCUCUUAUAACUAUUAUGUUAAACGAUGUGAUACGUACUAACUUAACAGAAUACAAAAAUCAAGUAUUAAUAUAAAGGAAUAUCGAGAUAUUUA